CAGUAUUAUCCCGUGAGUGGUCCGCACCUCGGUGUCAUAUUUAUUUAUUUAUAGUAGUUUAUUUUAAAUUAAGUGUAAACAUGCUCGGUCUGUGCCUUUUCGUGCCCGUGUCCAACAUGGACCCGAUUGAAGUGGAAUAUUUUGAGUCUAACGGACUGCCGUCGGAGCUGAAGUCUCUGUUUAACCAACUGAGCGUCUUCCUUCCGUCCCAGGAGUUUUCAACCUACCAAAAAUGGCGAAAGAAAACUUUGCAGAAAAGGGAAGAAAAUCAUGCAGACGGACAGCUGGACUUUGAGGAAUUUGUUCAUUAUCUGCAAGACUAUGAGAAAGACCUGAAGCUUGUGGUAAAGAGUCUUGACAAAAAGAAUGCAGGUCACAUUGAUCCUAAGGAGUUCUUGCAGUCUCUUCGUGAUCUCGGUGUGCACAUUUCCCCACAACAUGCAGAAGAAGCCCUCAAGAGCAUGGAUAAGAAUGGCAUGAUAACGAUCAGCUUUCAAGACUGGAGCAACUACCCCAUGGUGGAGAAGACUGAGAACAUCCCUGAAAUCAUCCUCUACUGGAAACACUCCACGAUAUUUGAUGUAGGUGAGAACCUGAUGGUACCAGAUGAGUUCACCUCGGAGGAGAAGCAGACCGGGAUGUGGUGGAGGCACCUGGUUGCAGGUGGAGGAGCUGGAGCGGUUUCAAGGACCUUCACGGCCCCUCUGGACCGGCUCAAAGUCAUGAUGCAGGUUCAUGGAGCCCGAACAAACAACAUGUGCAUCAUGAGCGGGCUGAUGCAGAUGAUCAAGGAAGGUGGAACAAGAUCGUUGUGGCGAGGCAACGGCAUGAACGUCAUCAAAAUCGCCCCUGAGUCGGCCCUGAAGUUCAUGGCUUACGAGCAGAUUAAGCGUCUGAUCGGAGGGGAUAAGGAGUCUCUGAGCAUCCUGGAGCGUUUUGUUGCAGGUUCUUUGGCUGGAGUGCUCGCGCAGAGCGCCAUCUACCCCAUGGAGGUUCUGAAAACACGUCUUGCUCUGAGGAAGACGGGUCAGUACGCCGGAAUCUCAGACUGCGCCAAGCAGAUUUUCAGGCAGGAAGGACUCGGGGCGUUUUAUAAAGGCUACGUCCCGAACAUGUUGGGCAUCAUCCCGUACGCAGGCAUCGACCUGGCGGUGUACGAGACGCUGAAGAACACCUACCUGCAGCAGUACGGCACCACCAGCUCGGACCCCGGCGUGUUCGUCCUGCUGGCCUGCGGCACCGUGUCCAGCACCUGCGGCCAGCUCGCCAGCUACCCUCUGGCUCUGGUCCGAACCCGCAUGCAAGCACAAGCUGCAGUAGACGGCAACCAGCAGGUGACGAUGACGGGACUCUUCAGGCAGAUCCUGCAGAACGAGGGCCCCACGGGGCUCUACAGAGGCCUGGCCCCCAACUUCCUCAAAGUCAUCCCUGCUGUCAGCAUCAGCUACGUGGUGUACGAGCACCUGAAGACUCAGCUGGGAGUAACAUCACGCUGAGUCAUCGCCACGUGGCGUAACCCCACCCCACAAUGCACACGCGUUAGGAAUCCCGGGACCAUUUGGCCCCUCUGGAGGUUCGUCUAGUCAUCUCAUUCUGUGAAUGUCGGCUGACAUAAGACGGUGAAGGCUGAGGAGGAGGAGGAUAUGGACUCUGUGAGCUCACAUUGCUGCUAUUUAUGUUUUUAAGAGAAACUGUGAGCUGAAAUGAAAGGUGACUGAAUGGAAAUCAAGGACCAAAUGUAAUUUUGUUCAUUUUUAGUUAAAGGCUCAGGUCUUCCUGUGUGACAUUGGAAGCUUCAGUAGGUCCGUUUAACGUGCGCCACCAGCGCUCAGGUGUAAAAAAGACCGAGUCUGCAGCAGCAACGUGCUCGGCAAGCUUUAACUGUUCUGCUUCCAGACAGAAGCCAUUGUUGUUUAAGCUAAAAGAAUUUUGCACAAGAGUUUGAUUGCUCUCCGCCCGUGUCCAGACUGAAUGGUCUGGUCUUUUCCAUCCAUCCUGUAUUUAUUUUAUUGAUACGCUGCUGUCUGAAAGUCCAUUUUUGCAUAUUUCUGCCUUAGCAUCUGUCAGAACACUAAUUGUGGCUGUGUGGUGAAAUGUUGAGCAGGUUUGCUCCUUUUUUCUAAAACUACUGAAAAGUCUUCUUGUUGACACGUUCACCUUCAGAUUGUAAAAUCUGGAUGUGUUUCAACACUCUUUUUAAAGGUUUAAUGUCUUUAAUGUUCACCUCAGGGUUCAAGGGAAGGAUUAUUGUUCACAGAGAAUCACAUUUAUAAGCAGGAGCUUGAAGAAAAGAGCGAAGCGAUGCACUUUAAUUGAUGCUAGAAAGGCCUCUUAAUGACUUUACUGUUGCAGGAAUAAUUUCUUUUGUAAAAAAUGAGUUAUAGCAUUAUUUUUAUGGACCAGUUUGAAGCAAAUAAAUGAAAGUUCACAUCAG